UAAAAGGUGAACCGUUCGUCGAACAAAUCAUCAGUUACUUGCACAUCCUCAAAGUGUACAAUACAGUCUUUUGUGAAGCAAAACGUAAAAAUUUUCAAAAACCCAAUCAAAAUGUUCAAAUUGUUUGCUAUCGCUUGUGUCUUGGCCGUUGCCAGCGCUGCUCCAGGAGUGAUCGUUGGACAUUCACCAGCUGUGGUCACUGCUCCAGUUGCCGUUGCACACAGCCUGCAUCCAGUCGCUGUCAGCCACUCAUCAUCACACGUUGUGCAUUCAGCUCCAAUCACCAAAGUUGUCCACACUCCAUAUGUCGCUGCUCCAGUCAUCCACACCCCAGUCGUACAUUCAGUCCCAGUUGUUAAGACUGUCCACGCUGCCCCAAUUGUUGCCCACCCAGUUGUACACAGCGUCCAUGCACCAGUUGUUCACAGCGUUCAUACACCAUAUGUCGCUCAUGCAGCCCCAGUCCUUGUUCACCAUUAAAUUAAAACGAGAACAAAUAGGAAUAUAAUCAACGUUUUAAAAAAGAACACAACAAAUUCAUUUAAAUUAUUUUCGGAAUUUCCCUUUUGACCCCCUUUUUGUUACCAUUUUUUUUUUCUAAAACAAUAAAAAAAAACCAUACCAAUAUCUAGAAGAAAAAUCCUU